GUAUCCUGAUAAUGCGCUCAGCCAUCCCCAUUCUGAUCUGCUGCCUGUAUGCACUAAGCGCUGUUGAUGCUUCUGGCUUGCCAAAGGGAAAAAAUGCUGAAAUACAGCAAGGUAAUGCCAAGGUUGCCGAGCCUCAAAACUUUUGGUCUGAUGACAAGAGUGAUGACGAAGACAAGGAUGACAAGGAUGACCAUGAUGAUAAAGGCAGCGCCGAUAAAUGUGCUUCCCGUUCGGUUUCCAUCUUGCUUGGAACCAGCACUUUUGCCAUUCCCUGCUUAGGAACCGGCUCUAUUGUUGAUAUUAAUGGCCUUGUUGAAGCUGCCUUCCCUUCACUUGUUCCCUCUCCUAUGCCUUCUUCUGCUGCUCCCAGCUCUGUUGCCCCUAGCUCUGCUGUCGAUUCUUCAUCUGCAAGCUCCGCCACUACCACCACUGAUAGCACCACUGACAGCACCACUACCACCACCGAUACCACUACUACUACUGACAGCACCACUACUACUACCGAUACCACCACUACUACCACCGAUACUACCACUACUACAACUUCUACUACAACCACCAUUCCCAUCAUUACUUAAGUAAUGAUAAUCAGACAAUCACACACAACUUACCCAUCAUCAUUUGUUGUUGCUUUGCUUGUAAUAUAUGCUCAUUUUGAUCUCCCUAUAGUUACCCUUACAUUAUGGAGAAAGAGUGACAUUAGACUAUUCUUAGUGGACUAUAGAGCAGAAAAACAUCUAUAUGAUUAAAAUAAACAACCCUCAGAGUAAUUAAUCAG